AUGGCGGCGGCGGCUCUGAGGGACACGCCUCAGGGCAGUGUGACCUUUGAGGAUGUGGCUGUGUACUUCUCCUGGGAGGAAUGGGCUCUCCUUGAUGAGGCUCAGAGAUGCCUGUACCACGAUGUGAUGCUGGAGAACUUUGCACUUACAUCCUCACUGGGCUGUUGGCAUGGAGUAGAAGAUAAAGAGGCACCUUCUGAACAAAGCAUUUGUAUAGGAGUGUCACAAAUCAGGACUCUCAAGGCAGAUUCAUCUCUCCAGAAGGGCCAGCCCUUUGAGAUGUAUGGCCCAGUCUUGAGAGAUAUUUUGCACUUUCCUGAGCACCAGGAAACAAAUCUUGGGCAGAAACCAUACAUGUGUGGAAAUCGAUUCUGUAUCUCUGCCAACCUUCAGCAAUACCAGGGGCAACACAUUGGAGAGAUACCCAUCAGAAGUUCUGUGGACACGGCCUUGAUUAUAAAGAGCUGCACAACCCAUGUGUCAGGGAAACCCACUGUCUAUGGGGAGAUUGGGAGUGAUUUCUUAGUCAAUGUAGGAUUUUUCCAUCAACAUGUCAUUCACACUGAGGAGAAGCCAAACAAUAGUAAUGAAUGUGAAGCCACCUCUUACAAUGGAAAAAGGCAUAAGAACUGGGGAGAAGGCAACAAAGCCCUCAACUGCACAGACACACUUGUUGAGGACCAACGAGUCCUCACUAGAGAAGGGCUUUAUGAGUGCAGCAAAUGUGGAAAAGCCUGUACUCGAAGAUGUAACCUCAUUCAGCACCAGAAAGUCCACACUGGAGAAAGGCCUUAUGAAUGCCAUGAAUGUGGAAAAUUGUUUACCUACCUCUCCAGCUUCAUUAUACACCAGAGAGUUCACAGUGGAGAAAGGCCUUAUGAAUGCAGUGAAUGUGGGAAAUCCUUUAGCCAAAGCUAUAGCCUCAACAGCCAUAGGAAAGUUCACACAGGAGAAAAACCUUAUGAGUGCAGGGAAUGUGGGAAGUCUUUUAGUCAAAGAUCUAAUCUCAUUCAGCAUCAGAGAGUUCACACUGGAGAAAGGCCUUAUGAGUGCAGUGAAUGUGGGAAAUCUUUUAGCCAAAACUUUAGCCUCAUUUACCACCGUAGAGUUCACACUGGAGAGCGGCCUCAUCAGUGCAGUGAAUGUGGAAAAUCAUUUAGCCGAAGCUCUAGCCUCAUUCACCACAGAAGACUUCAUACUGGAGAGAGGCCUUAUGAGUGCAGUAAAUGCGGAAAAUCCUUUAAGCAAAGCUCUAGCUUUAGCUCACAUCGGAAAGUCCACACAGGAGAAAGGCCUUAUGAGUGUGGGGACUGCGGAAAAUCAUUUAGCCAUAGCUCCAACCUCAAGAAUCACUGGAGGGUUCACACUGGAGAAAGGCCUGUUGAGUGCAGUGAAUGUGGGAAAUCAUUUAGCUGUAAAUCUAACCUUGUUAAACACCUGAGAGUUCACACUGGAGAAAGGCCUUAUGAGUGUGGGGAAUGUGGAAAAUCAUUUAGCCAAAGUUCUAGCCUCAUUCAGCACCAGAGAGUUCACACUGGAAAAAGGUCCUGA